AUGAGUUUACAAGCCAAUUGGCACGCACUGAAAAGGACUCUUCGGUCAAGAACGGUUUGGCAAUGGAUUCUGUUCGCCGCAGGCAUAUAUCUUCUGGUGCGACUGCUAAGACCUCCUCCGCGAGCACCUGUCCGCCAUACGUUUGAGCCUCUACAUGUCACUCCAGUUGGUGGAGACUCAGAUGAUGGCAUUGACUGGACACGAUUUGCCUACGUCCAAUAUGUCACGGACAAAGAAUAUCUUUGCAACAGCUUGAUGAUGUUCGAGUCUUUGCACCGACUGGGCAGCAAGGCAGAUCGUGUCUUGCUCUAUCCUCAACAGUGGGAGUUGUAUCCAAAGCCGCCAACGUGGGAAAGUAUCUUCUUACGGAAAGCUCAAGAUGACUACAAGGUUCACAUAUUACCAGUAAGGCCUCAGUACACAGAGUCAGGAGAUGGUACGUGGGCAGAAAGUUUCACCAAGUUGUUGGCAUUUCAACAAACCCAGUACGACAGAGUCCUGAGCUUGGAUUCGGACGCGACGAUUUUGAAGUCUCUUGAUGAGCUCUUCCUUCUGCCAGAUCAUGUCGUGGCAGCACCGCAUGCAUACUGGCUUCCUGAACCUGACACAAUCUCGUCGGCCGUUCUACUGAUCAAACCGUCGAUGCAUGAAUUCAAGCGUGUGUUCAAAGCCAUGUACAAUCGCUCGAAUGCAAGCGAGUUCUACGACAUGGAAGUGAUAAACGACGUUUACGCUGGAGAGGCGAUGAUUUUGCCAAAGGACUACUGGGUGGUAUCUGGAGAGUUUCGACUGAAAUCGCACCACAAGUAUCUGGAUGAAGGCGAAACCUGGGAUCCGGACAGAGUGUUGAAUGAGACGAAACUCGUUCACUUCUCAGACUGGCCGCGUCCGAAGCCAUGGUUCCCUGUGACCGAAGAUGUUUACCACAAAACAGUACCAGUCUGUGACACUAUGCCGGGUUCGGCGCACAAGGACUGUCGUAACCGGGAUGCAUGGAAUUGGCUGUACAAAGACUUCGAAGAGCGCAGAGGG